AAUCAUCCUACAAACUGUAAUACGUCCACACCGUUUACUUGUCAGAACACCGAUCGAGCCACAGGCUAACGCAUAUCGUUGUGAUCCUCUCUACAAAGUUAAAACCAACGCAGCGAUUAACCUCACCUGCCCGGAGUACGGCACGUGCCACACGACGUGUCAACCAAGGAUGACACGUGUGGCCACCUUCACCCACUUCGAACCCUAUAUAUUUGUCCAUGCAUUCUCCUCCUCUUCAUCGCAAACUCGAAGCAAGUAAUACUUUCUGAUCAUAAACUCAAGCGUUUCAGAAGCUCAGUUAAUUAUCAUUCACUCUUUUUAGAAAGCAGAAAUGGAGUCUCACGGUCAGAGACAGAGCUACAGAGGCCAAACUCAGGAAAAAAAUAGGCAGAACAGGUCACAGGACAGGGACUACGACAUGACCCAAGAGGCAAGGCGGAAGGCGGAGGAGGCGGAGGAGGCGAAGAACAAGACCUACGAGACCGCGCAACAAGCCAAGGAGAAAACACAGUCCACAAUGAACCAGGUGAAGGACAAGGCGGAACAGGAGGCAGAGGAGGCAAGGCGGAACGCCCAAGAGGCGGCGGAAAAGACUAAAGAGACUGCCCAGGCCGGGAAGGAGAAGACGAGCGGGAUUCUUCAGCAGACCGGAGAAACAAUGAAGAACGUUGCACAAGGUGCGGCUGAUGCUGUGAGGAGCACUAUUGGGAUGGCCAAGAACGAUGACCAGGAUGAUCCUUAUUAUAGGGAGACUAAUACCACUACUAGGACUAAUACUGGGACUACAGGGGCACCUGGGACUGGGAAUUACCCAAGGAAUAGGAACUACUAGUUAGGUUAAUUACUCGAAUCGUUGUUGUUUAUUACAGUCGUGUGUUCUGUUUGGGCGAGUUUUAGAAGUCCUGUUCUUCCCUCUCAUCACUUAUGAGAUGAGAUAUGGGGAUAUGUUGUAUUUGGUUUGUUUAGUGUUGUAUAAGAGUUGCAACAGGAUGUACAGCCGCCAUUUUAUUAGGUGGUCGAUCUUUGUUGUAGCUUAGUGUUGUUGAAGGGCGCCAUGUCUUGGA